GUACUCUAACGGCUGGGAUACUGCCACGUAGCCAAGAUCAUUUUUUAGGGUUCCUGGCGAGGGAAGCGAGCGCCAAAGCACCAUGAGCAAGUCUGGGCAGCCGCCGGAUCUCAAGAAGUACAUGGAUUUGAAGCUUAUGAUCAAGCUCAACGCAAACCGAGUUGUGGUGGGCGUGCUGCGAGGAUUCGAUCAGUUCAUGAAUCUCGUCCUGGACAACACCAUGGAGAUCAGUGGCAACGAGAGAACGGAGAUUGGCAUGGUGGUGAUCAGGGGAAACAGCGUCGCCAUGAUCGAAGCUCUGGAACCUGUGGCGCCGAGAGCGCAGUAGAGGUUUUUAGCUCUGGAAUUUUGUUAAAGCCUCUCGCAAGCAAAGAACCAAGAAUUGUUUUCAUCUUUGCUGUUGAAAAAAAAAAACCGUAGAUUCUUCUUA